CCUGGGCGUCUUCCUCCCCUGGGCUGUUCCGGAUGAGACGCCUCCCUCCCUCCGCCCCUCUGAUCCUCUUAUCAGCGAGUAAGCGGCCAAGAUGGAUGUUGCAAACCAGUUGGUGGCCCAAGGGCAGUUCACAAUAGUCAAACAACCAUUGGGAUUUAUUAAAGUUUUACAAUGGAUCUUUGCAAUCUUCGCCUUCUCAACAUGUGGCAGUUACUCUGGCAUGUUCAAGAUGAGCGUCGAAUGUCAAAACCGGUCGGAGAGUGAUCUAGGCAUAGAAGUAGAAUUUGAAUAUCCAUUCAGGCUCCAUCAAGUCUACUUUGAUGCCCCCACCUGUAAGGGAGGGAACUCCGAGCGUCUAUUCCUGGUUGGGGACUAUUCCUCCUCAGCUGAGUUCUUUGUCACCAUUGGUGUCUUUUCCUUCCUCUACUCUAUGGCAGCCCUAUCUGUAUACUGUUUCAUACUGGAGAAGUACCGUGAAAACAACAAGGGAGCCCAAAUCGACUUUGUUGUGACGGCGGUAUUUUCCUUCAUGUGGCUCGUGUCCUCGUGUGCUUGGGCUAAAGGCCUGUCAGAUGUGAAAAGAGCCACUGAUCCAGAGGAGGUCCUCACUCUCAUCUCGGCCUGUGAGGAUCAGAGGAAUCGCUGCCGUGAGGUGUACGACCCCAAGGUGUCCGGCCUCAACACCUCUGUGGCUUUUGGCUUCAUCAACCUGAUCCUGUGGGUAGGAAACCUCUGGUUCGUAUUCAAGGAGACCGGCUGGAUGGCUGCCUUUGCUGGAACAUACGUCCCAUCACAGGAGAAGCAGCCUGCCCCCGAUUCCUUCGGCCAGGGCGGCUAUGGUCAGCAGGACCCCUACGCCGGCUCCCAGGGUGGGUACCAGCCCGACUACGGCCAGCAGGGAGGCUACAACGAGGACGGAGGCUACAGCCAGGGCUAUGAGCAGCAGCCCACCUCCUACUCCAAUCAAAUGUGAGCCUAUCCAGUCAAACCACCGCUGCAGGACGGGUGACCUGAUUUGGGAGUGUGACUCUCGACCACCACCUGCAUUUCCACACUCCUCUGUUUGUCUGUUUGUGUAUCUGUGAGUUGACAGGCGGAGGGAGGGAGGCAUAUGGGGUAGAAACUGGAGGGGCCUGGGGAGGGGACACUACUGGGGAGCAGGAUGUGGGAAAAAGGGGACAUGGGUCUUUGCUGUAACAUGAUGUUUAUUCUCGUGAUGUAUUUAACUGUAGAAGACAACAGAGGAUUGUCUGUUUGGUUAUACGAGAAAAACUUGAAUACAAUACCAAAACAUUCGUUGAGGAACAUUUAAGAGAAAUCUUGUAAUGGAAAAGACUUACAUUUAUGAAAAAAAAAAAAAUUGUAGUAAUAUUUAACUUGGGAGAAUGUAUUUGUCUGUGCUGUGUAAAUAUCAACAUGCUGAUAUAUAUUAUUAUAUGUACUCAGUUGAAUAAUUGUGCACUCCAUAUUAGUUGUUAUACAACAAAUGUUGAGCACAGAGUUAUUCAAUUGCAUUUACUUUGGUUCUGUUUAGGAGCUCACAUAGUUUAGCCUUUGCCCUUCAAUUCCCUUGCCAUAAAUUAUUCAUUACACACUGAUAUGUUUAUUUGUUCAUCUCAGAAUCUACAGACAUCUUUUAUUAUUUUUUUGUUUUUUAUUUGAUCCUUAAUAUUUUUAGUUUGAUAAAUGGCAGGAUUUGAAAGAAAAUGAUGAGGUUAGUCAAACUGUGAUGGCAAAUGUGAAAAAUA